AUGUGGUUAGUCAGUGAGCGUCGGGGCCGAGCCGACGGCGACGGCGAGCACGAGGUUAGAGGCGCGGAGACGCGCUGCAAUUUCAGCAAAGCCGGCAGCACGGUGGAGUUUAAGAGCGGGGCGUGCGCGGGGGCCGGUGAGCCGCCCGCGCCGCCGCUAGCCUCGCUGCCCGAUCCGCAGCAAUUCAACAUCUUCCCGGCCUUCUUCAGCCGCCAGCUGAACUUUAGCAGUGGCGGUGGCGCGGGACAAGGGGCUAAAAUCAUGGAGGAGCUCAGACCCAACUUGGUUGGGGGGCUUCUGGGUGUCCCGGGGCUGUUGGACGAGCAUCAGCAUGAUGCUAAGUUCCUCACGGGUGCAGAAAGUAAAUAUACACCUGAUAAGGGGAGAAAGUGCAGUAAUGCCUCUAGUUCAUCAGCAGAAGAAUUUGGUGGGCUGUAUGGUGGGGAGCAUGCUGCUACGCCGCCAGCACCAGCCAUCAGUCGUUCACUACAGGAUCAUACAGCCGAAGGUGCAUUCAAGAAACUAAAGCCAGAGCCUGGUGGGAAUGGAACUGGUUCUGGGAGCUCAGCCUUAUCACCUUCGCUGGGACCUCAACAUGCGGGACAUACUCCAACAACUGCCUCAUGUCCUACUCCUGCAAGGCGAAGACAUAGAACUACUUUUACACAGGAACAAUUAGCAGAAUUAGAAGCAGCAUUCGCGAAGUCACACUAUCCCGAUAUUUACUGCAGAGAAGAGUUAGCGAGAACGACAAAACUUAACGAAGCUAGGAUACAGGUCUGGUUUCAAAAUCGUCGAGCAAAAUACCGUAAACAAGAGAAGCAGUUGCAGAAAGCGUUAGCUCCAGCGGUGCUUCCUGGCUGCAAUGGCAUGAUGAGGAACAUCCAGGGAUACCGAGGUUACCAGCCCUACCCGCACCCCAAUACUAUCAAUAGGUAUCCACAGCAUCACGGAAGUUAUGAAGAGUUGCAGAAGGACAUCUUCUCUUUAUCUCAGAUGGGUGGAGGAUCAUACCCUAUGCCUCAAGGUUUCUCAAUGGGACACAGUGCGAAUAUGAGUGCGGUUGGCAUGCGACAGGAUACUAUGGGCAUGACCGCGGAGGACGAAUGGUACAACAAAUCGCUAUCAGCAUUACGUAUGAACACUGGGCACCAUGCAAACCUGGCCGCAGCGCCGAUGCUGCAGUACCAGACCUAAUCGCUGCUACACGGCGCUGAUUACUCGGCGCCGGCGCACGACUACGCGCCGUAACUGAAUUUUUCAGUCAAUUUCUUGUCUAUACUCGUCGUAGAGAACAACUAACAUUUAUUCCCAACUCGAUUUUUUCAUUCUAAUUAAUUCCGUCUUUUAGCCGUCUAUUUUUUUAAGUUAAUUUGGUGAUUUAUUUCGAGGUAAAAUUGAUAAGUAUAAUAGCAAUAUAGAGAGAUUAAAGUUUAAAAACCAAUAAAUAAACCGAGUUUAUAAUGAAUGUAUGAAAAUUAUCUUGUAUAGAAAAAUGUGUCAAAAAAAGGUUUCCAGUUCUCAUAUUUUCAGUUCUAUCUGGUUUUAUUUUUAUAUAAAACCAAUAUAUGGAAGAUAUAAGUUGCGAAACGCAAGUUGGAACCUUUAAAAAGAUGUGAGAACCGUUUUUAUACAACGCUGGCAUAAUUGCGGGUUCACUCUAGUCGGUAUUUUUUAAAUCUUUACAACUAGUAUAGACAAAAUUAUUUCUAGUUUAUACCUCAUAGAUUUAAACUAAAGAUUUUCUUUAUAGUCCAAUUUCGAAAUAAAAGUUCGUAAUAAAUGCAUAAGUCUCAUAUUUAUGACAUUCAAUCGAAUCUAAAACAUCAACGAAUAAUUUUACAAAUCAAAUGCGAUUCAGUAAUGUAAAUAAAUUAAGGAAUCAUAUUCAUUGAUCGUUUCAAUAAAAACGCUAAAUAUUCAUGUUUAGUCCGAUAUUUAAAAACAAUUUUCAGUAUAAAUGUUUCGUAAACUGAUUUGCCUGAGGGAAAAUUACUGAACAAAUUGUUGUAUGGGUAACUCAUAUGAAGCUAUUUCAAACCUAAAUGUAAAACUUUAUAAUAAGUAUUUGUUGGUUCAAAUCUUACAUUUAAUAUUUUCUUUAGAGGAAAAUAACUCCUAAAUGUACAGAACAAGAGCCAAAUUAGCAUAAGUAAAUUAUAGAAUUUUAAGAUCUUCGAUACUCAUUGUAUUCUAAGUAGUAUUAAUGUACAGCUCCUCUCUAGGAAGAAAUAUUGUAGUUAGUUGUAAGUUUACAUUUGUCCGAUUCUCAUAUUAUGCUCAAAAUACAACGUACAAAAUUUAACACUUAACCCUAGGCGUUAAAUUUGUCGAAUAUUUUAUAAAAAUCUUUUUUAAUAGUUUUAAUUUCGCUAAUUACAGUGGUUUUCUUAUCAAUGAGCAACUGUUUAAAUGCUAGUCAACAUUCAAUGCGUGUAUUUAAGAUCUCAUUAAUUUAAAUAUUUUGUUAUUAUUUGGGUAAAUCUGUAAAUAUUAUUGUA